AUGCAAAAUCUUGUGAAUUUGCGUCAUCUUGAUAUUUUUGGCUCUAUUUGGGUGGAAGAGAUGCCAAAAAAGAUGAGCAAAUUAAAAGAUUUGCAAUUUUUAAGUGACUAUAUUGUGGGGAAACAUGAAGAGAAUGGGAUUGGAGAACUGGGAGGACUAACACAUCUUCAUGGUUCAUUGUGCAUUCAGGAAUUAGAGAAUGUUAAGAAUAGUGGUGAAGCAUCGAAUGCAAGGAUGGAUGAAAAAAUACACCUGAAUGCUUUACAUUUGAUAUGGUCAUCAUUUGAAGAAAGUGAGGUUUGUGAUUCCCAAAGUGAAAAAGAUGUACUUGACAAAUUACGUCCUCACAAAGACUUGAAGAUGCUAAGCUUAUGGGGUUACAGAGGUACGAUGUUUCCGGAUUGGGUAGGGCAGUCUUCGUACCACAACAUGACUGAAUUGCACCUGUGGGGAUGCAGGAAUUGUUGGGUGAUUCCUUCACUUGGACAGUUACCCUCUCUGCAGAGUCUAAUCAUUAGCGAGCUCGACAAGGUGAAGAAGAUUGGUGGGUCAUUCUAUAAGGGUGAUGGAACUCAUCAGCAUCAGGAGACACCCUUCCGAUCCCUUAAAAUUCUGCAAUUUCGUGAUAUGGGUUGGUGGGAGGAAUGGGAGUCAUAUGAAUGUGAUGAUGAUGAUGAUGCACCAUUUCCGAAACUUGAGGGGCUUCAUAUAGAGAACUGUCCUAAGUUAAGAGGAGAUUUGCCCACUUUCCUUCCGUCUUUGGAAUUAGUCCACAUUGUUAGAUGCGAGGAGAUUGGUUGUUAUCUGCCAAGAGCUCCCAUCCUACGCAAAUUAAUAAUAGAUGGCAAACAGGAAGCAAGAAUGCGGGACCUACCACUUUCACUGCAACAUCUAAGAAUAGAAGGAAAGCAGCUUGUGGAUUCUCUGUUUGAGGCCAUGACCCACACCCAACCAACCUCUCUCAUACACCUACACAUCUCUGAGUGCUCAUCAGCCAUAUCAUUUCCAGGGGAUUCUUUGCCCCCUUCAUUGGAAGUGCUAUCAAUCAUUAACUGCAAGAAUGUAGAAUUCCCAAUGCAACACCAACAACAUCACUCACUAACGAGUCUUACAAUAAAGAACAGCUGUGAUUCGCUUACAUCAUUGCCAGCGUUCCCAAAUCUCUUGUCUCUGAGAAUUGAAAGAUGUGAAAAUUUGACAUCUCUGGAGGUGUCACAGUCACAGUCCCUCCGACAAUUAUGGAUUGCAGAGUGCCCUAAGCUGGAGAACAUAAUAAGGCUGCCUGCCUCUUUACAUUUUCUCUCCAUCAGAGAAUGUGGGUUGUUGGGUGAAGGCAUAGAGAGGAAGGACCCCCACAUUUGGCCAUCCAUUUCCCACAUCCCCCACAUUGUAGUUGAUGACAAAUGGAUUCGCAAUGAGUCAACAUCUUAAAACAGGGACAUUUAAUGAUUCUUCUGGGACUUGUCAAUUUAAUGCAGUUCGGUUGUGCACCUCCAUUCUUCUACUUUUGCACCAUGCCUUGUCCUACACCCAAAUGGAAGGCCUUUCAUUACCUUUCUUCCUGUUGCUCCUGCUUGCUUGCCCGUGCCCUUUGUUGGAUUUGCAAGAAACAAAUUGAAGUGAAGUUGGAGUAGGCUCAAUUUGGAGAGCAAGGGAACCUGGUCAAGAAUGAUUUCACGAGGUGUGGUCUCUGCAUCAAUACGUAAGCUGAAUUCAUGGAAGACACCAUCCUCAUACAAAAUCAAAAGUAGAAGUAGAUGAUGUAGAACAGAAUUUCGCUAAGACCGAUAGAUCAAUCAAAAUGCAACAAGAGCACCUUCACUGAUAAGGAUACAGUUGGAGCAGCCUGUCAAAAAUAGGCAGAAAGUGUACAAACUUGCAAUAUUAAAAGAAAAAAGAGUUUUCAUGUCUUCAUCAUUUCAUUCUAUUUUAGGAUAGCUGAUAUGAGUUAUUCUAUUUAUAAGAAAGAGAAAGCUUAGAAAGUGUGUAUCAAUUUCUGUCAUGCUAGGAUGUGAGAACAUCAACAAAAAGCCAUGUGUGGCAUUUGAGAAAUUUGUUUUUGUAUUUGGCUUGAAUUGGUAUUUGUAACUUGAAUUUGUUUAUAGUGAAAAGUUCUACCAUUUGUUAUGGUGGAGACUGGAUGUAGAUCCCAUUUUGGGAUUGAACCAGGAUAUAUCGUGAUGUUCAUCUUCUCUAUUACAGCUU